AUGAGUACUCUCGUGUUGAUGGUGGGCGGAUGCGGCAACUAUCUUGGAAGCGAGUUGUUUGCUGCCCUUCAUACUGAGCUGCAGAGAGCUGCGUCCGUGGGCGACAACACCAUUGUCGAUUCUUUGAGUCGGCGGUUCUUCACAAGCGACACUCCGUCAGUGUACGGGAGCUUUCUGAAGGCCCGAGGCCUCCUUGUCGACAUGGAAGCUAAAACAGUUCAAAACUGUCUCCUGCGUCAUCCCUUGCCAAACAACCGGAGGGGAAAAGGAAACUGCUACGUGGGGGGAGCCAUUCCCAAGUUUGGCACCUGCCAAAAAGAGGGAGACUGGUUUUGGGACCCGAAAUUUGCAUACUGGCAGCAAGGUGGCUGCGGCAACAACUGGGCUCUUGGCCACGAAAUUCAGGGUCCAUCUAACCGUGACAACAUGGAACGCCUUCUUCUCAGCCUUGCCGAGGAAGGAGACAGCGUCAGCUCCGUAAUGGUGCUCCACUCUUUGGCAGAGCAACUGGAUGGAGAUGCAACUAUGGCGCUGCGCUGCCCCUUGUGGGACGUGCUGGCGGCUGCAGCACCGCAUCCAGCCUUCAAGCUGCUGACGUGUCGGUACCUUCCCCAGGGUUUAAUGGGGGAGUCAAAUAGCCUCCGACUUGCGCCGUACACAUUCGAAUCCUUGAUGCGCCGACUAGAGCGCAUGUUCGUCAGAGCAGAUACUUUGGACCUUUUGGCCCCUCCCAGCCCCUCAACACCUUCCGGCUACCGAAAAGCCCACUAUGCUGCCACACAGCAGAACAGUAGGGAUAGUCCUGAACACGGGAACGCAACAGAGGACAUUCACCAAACCGUUGCUGUAGGGGCGCAAGUCUGCAUGAGGGGGCCAUCAGUCCUUUCCAUCGAAGGCGACCCCACACCGGCCAGCAAAAUUUCCUUAUGGCCCGCUCUGCAGCUGGGCAUGGACAUGCUGCACGCUGGGGCAUUCGUGCAUCACUACGAGGAAUUUGGCGUAGGGGUUAAGGAGCUGCAAAUGGCCCUGGAGGAGCUGCAAGAAACUGCCGAUGCAUACUCUACUCUUCGUCCUGCCUGA